ACUGGACAUACAUGGUUGAAUUUGUCAAGUUGGGACACCAAACAAAGGAAACAUUUACAGUUUUCAAGGUUCAUCUAAAAAUUGUUUCCAUGAAUAUUGUGCCCAAUUGAGAUCAUAUGUGUAUGUGUUUACAUAAAAAUGUAUAAAUGUAUUACGUUGAAUUCACAGUUAAAUUAUUAUAGAACGGAUAAAAUGGGUAAUUGCUUGAAAAUGAGCAGAUCAGAUGACAUUUCACUUUUACGAGGCAAUGACAGUAUUAACGGCCAAAACAGCGGAACACUGCCAUUGUAUCAUCAGGACGAACAGUAUCAACCAGUAUUUUAUCCCGCCACAUCAGCUUCCGCUGCUCAAACACCAUCUUCUAUUAAUCGUCAAUUGUCCGACGAAAAUCAAGUGAAGAUUGCUAAGCGUAUUGGAUUAAUGCAACAUUUGCCUAUAGGAACAUAUGACGGAAGCUCUAAAAAAGCACGAGAAUGUGUAAUUUGCAUGGCAGAGUUUUGUGUUGAUGAAGCUGUGCGAUAUCUUCCUUGCAUGCAUAUUUAUCAUGUCAAUUGUAUAGACGAUUGGUUGUUGAGAAGCCUUACAUGUCCCAGUUGCUUAGAGCCGGUUGACGCUGCCUUAUUGACGAGUUAUGAAUCGACAUAGCGUUUAUAAAACAAUAGUAUAUUUAUAGUGUUCGCUUUAAAAUUUUUCGGGAAAAAAUAAAAUAACUUGUACCAGGCAAAAGUUAUUAUUUGAUACAUUUAAAUUUAAUUCAUUGUUUUUUAUUAAAGUGUUAUUGUUUUUAAUCAAAACGUAUUAUAAUAUUUAAUUUAUUGUAGUGUUAAAAAAAUUAUACUUGCAGCAUUGGAGAGCUCAAAAAUAGAAUAGCUAUUCGGGAAGAAUUUGUAUGGUUUUUGAAAUGGAAUUUCGCCCAAAAAAAUUUGUGCGGAACCUCCGAAGAUAAUUUCGUGUACAUAUAUCAAUAUUUAAUUUUCUAACCAAUAAUAAUUUGAUCAUUGUUACCAUAAGUCAUUGUAUUAACGAUUUGAUAAUAAAAUUAUAGUUUUAUUUAACCA